AUGGAGGGUGGUGGUGGUUCAUCUCCGGUGGUAGCAGCCCAAAUGGAGGGCAGCAGUCAUAUUGGACUCAGGGUCCACCCUAAUCCGGAGGAGGAGGAGAGAGCAGAGUAUACCGCAGACAUCAUUUCUACUACGGUGGCGGAGCCGUACAGGACCUGUUUCACUGCAGGGGGAUCCAAAACAAGCCCCGUGGAGCAGCAGCCAGAGCUACAGCAGCCGCAAGACACUGUUUCUCUCCCUCUGCCCCCCCUUCCCCACGCAACCCCAGAUCCAUUUACACUUUACAGAGGAUCGUGCAGCAAAUCACCAGGGUGGUCCAUUCAAGCUGCAGAUUCGUCUGUCAUCUUUGGACAGCAGGCUCGUCCUCCUCAGCCACUGCAGGAAAGUGUGUCACCCAUCAGGUCACAGAGAGCGCUGGUGGACGUCUCUCCUUGCCCCAAGAUCUUCGGUGGAAGUCCACGGGACUUGGUGUCUGUGCCGUUCAAAGUAUAUAUGAACUCGCCAGGAGGCAUAAUGCGUCACCAUUUAAUUCUGGGCCACCCUAAAGGAUGACACCCAGCUUCAGAGACCACCUCUUGGACAUCAUCCCUGAGAUCCAGUGUUUUAGCUCCCCAUUGUCUGAAAUCCGUUUCUGACCGAGUUUGAGCUGCCUUAGACUUAGUCAUUCAAUGGCCCAGGACCAUGUUGCAGCUCCACACCUUUUGUCUCUUUCAGAGCAGCAGCUCGCUCUGAGCUCUUGUUGAGUCUUUUACACAGAUAUGCUAGAAAACAGGCACCAGCCCAUUCUUUCCAUCUGGGCAUUUGCCCACAAGCCUAGUCCUGGGAUGACCUGGAGCGGAGAGGCAGUGGAGGAUAAAUUCAUCUUGUACAGACUUGUUCCUGCUAGUUCUAGCCUGUCUCUCGCCACAGAUCUAGCUUUUAAAUCCUCAAGUGAUUGGUUUUGCGUAGGAAUGUGUGGAUUGUUGGAUCACAAUAAUUUUCUCCCUGAAUUUCUAGUGUUUAUAUAAGCAGAUGUAUAUAAAAGAAGUUCUGUCAUUGGUGUAAACAGCAGGGCCUAUUUUUAAUAGUUACAGGUGCUUAAAGAUGGUGCAGAAUAAAAAUGUAAGUUUUUUUCCUUUUUAUUGCAAGUUGCAACACAACCAAAAGUCUAUUUUAAUGUUUUGCCAGGAAAGGGUCAACAUGGAAAAUUUGCAACAAAGACAAACUAGAAUAGAACCAGUGCAAACAGAAGCUGACAAAUAUAUGCCCCAUGUUGGGAGUUCAGCCCCUGGAAUGUUAUGUAGGACAAAAGGAAUGGAAGAGGUAUUUCAGUAACAUUUUGUUCUGUGUCAAAAACCUUGUGAAAUAUAAAUCUGCUGUGUAUUGGAGAAUGGAUACAGCAAUUGAUUCAGGUUGAAUAGCUUUCAUUUAACUAGAAUAUCCCACAGAAAGCAGUUCUUGUUCUGACAACCAUAGUUUUGUUUUUCUUGACUUAAAGAAAAUUGAAUUCAUGUUUACGUAUUUUAUAGGAUUGUUUUAUGGACAAAGACACAGGUCAAAUCCCAUCCCAGCACAGUGGCUAUUGUUACAGCAAAUAGAAACAUUUCUAAAUGAAAUAAAAACCAUUUCUAAGCCAUGGCCUGUGGCCCAUAGUAAUCAUACUACAUUGGUGUUAUGAAACCGUUUGCAACUAUCAAUAAUUCAGUCGUAGAUGUGCUUUUUUUCUAAUUCUGUUUUUUAAAAAUAUUCUAGUCUCUUGCCAACACACAUACCCAUGCAUAUACUUUACUGAUUUGCAUAGUAGAGAAGGAAGAAUAUGAAUAUGUAUAAUAGGAGUCAACUUUAUUUUGGACUU